AGAAAGUAGGGGACAGGUGCGACUCUGCGGUGCGUCUCUCAGACCAACAAACUUUACGAAGCCCGGCUGUGGCUGACCCAGAGACCACGAAUCACACAAAUCAGCCGAGCAGUGGUGUGUCAAGCAGCCUAAAUGUGAUCUUCAGUUGUGUUGCACCCACGCGGUAUUCUACCUGUAGUGUUGUCUGGCCGAGAAACCCCCAAAUGCAGACAACUGAAAGGCUGGAUGGCGGUCCAGCCACACCCCCUUACGGUAACCCUGUGGAGAUGGGCGGUAUUGGAUGGCACUUUCCUCCAAUGACGUCGUGAGAACAGGCGGGGCUGAAGGACCACCUCCGCCCUUCGGCAGACUGCAAUCAGCCUGCUCACAUAACUUAAUAUAGUAUGUGGACCAGUGGGCGGGGCUGUGAGCGCGAGCGCACACUGGCUGCUGCCGGAGGCUCUUCAUUCAGCCUGCAUGAGUCCGCGGACAGGAGCCGGACUGUCCAGCGCGCUCUAAUGAACGUGUGAGGUUUGUAGGCUGGGUCACAUCAGCAGCGUGCUGCAGCCUAAAUACAGACAGCGGCAGGAAUCGUUAGCAGACUGCAGUGCAGUUUCACCUGUGAGCAACUUUCUGGAAUGUAACACGUCUGAGUUUUAUCUGUUAAAACCCAGACUCUCACACACAUAUACACCCGCUCCUGUUUGGAUCCUUAUUCGGCAGAAUAAGGAUUUGGCUUUUCUUUAAUUGAACUGAGGAGGUGGUGGACAGCGGGACCGUGCUAAGUUUUUCUAAAAGAGCGUUCAGAAAGGAGGGCGCGGAUGGGACUUAAAAGACUUCAGAAAGGGCCUGGUUGGCAGAAGGAGUGAGUAUGGACAACCUUUCUGAUUUCGGAGGCCCCUGUCCGUCUGGCCACAGGGAAUGGGACACCAAUAGCUGCAUGGACGAUUUAAUGGAUGAAGAUGAGAAGGACAGGGCAAAAAGGGCAUCCCGUAACAAAUCAGAAAAGAAAAGAAGAGACCAAUUCAAUGUGCUCAUCAAAGAGCUGUGCACCAUGCUGCAGGGUCAGGGCCAUCCGCGCAAGAUGGACAAGUCCACCAUAUUGCAGAGGACCAUCGACUUUUUGCAGAAACAGAAAGACAUCACUGCACAGAACGACACCUGCGAUGUGAGGCAGGACUGGAAGCCUUCGUUUCUCAGUAAUGAGGAGUUCACUCAGCUAAUGCUGGAGGCCCUAGAUGGUUUCUUGGUUGCAUUAACUACAGAUGGUAACAUCAUAUACGUGUCUGACAGUGUUUCCUCACUUAUUGGCCAUUUACCGUCAGAUAUGGUGGACCAAAAUAUCUUGAAUUUCCUCCCGGAGCGGGAGCACGGGGAGGUGUAUAAGCUGCUAUCAUCCCACAUGCUGAUGACUGACCCCAUUGCUGCUGACUUCCUUGACAGUGAGGCACAUAUUGAAUUUUGCUGUCAUCUAGCUAGAGGUAACAUGAACCCAAAAGAGCCACCUGUAUACGAGUAUGUCAAGUUUGUUGGAGAUUUCAAGUUUCACAACCAUGUGCCUACGUCUUCUUGUAAUGGGCUCGAGUUGACGUUACCAAGGAGUCUGCAGUCAUCUCUGGAGGAGCAGGUCUGCCUCAUUGCUACCGUGCGAUUAGUCACUCCGCAGUUUCUGAAGGAUUUGUGUAACGUGGAAGAUCCCUGUGAUGAAUUCACCUCCAGACACAGCCUUGAAUGGAAGUUUCUGUUUUUAGAUCACAGAGCCUCGCCAAUCAUAGGCUAUUUACCCUUCGAGGUUCUUGGAACUUCUGGCUAUGAUUACUAUCAUGUGGAUGACUUGGAGCUCAUAGCCCAAUGUCACAAGCAAUUAAUGCAGUUUGGAAAAGGUAAAUCCUGCUAUUAUCGAUUCCUGACCAAAGGUCAGCAGUGGAUUUGGUUGCAGACUCACUACUACAUUACUUACCACCAGUGGAACUCCAAACCCGAGUUCAUUGUCUGCACUCACACUGUUGUCAGCUAUGCUGAAGUGCGAGCUGAAAGAAGGAGAGCGUUUGGUCUUGAAGAUCUGUCGCCACCUGAGAUAGCCCCCUCCUCUGUAAAGGCUCAAGAGCUCUAUCUGGACAUCUGCUCCACAAUGGACGCUCCACGGGACAGAAACAGCGGUGCACGUUCGGUGUCCUCCCACAGCUCCCGGAAGUCCUCCCACACAGCGCUGUCAGACUCUGCAUGUGAGUCAUCCUCUGCUCCCCAAAGUGCUAACUCACUCAACACAGCAAACUCCUACACAGAAGCCUGCACACCAUCGUGGCAGUCUGCUUCCAUUGGGCCUGAAAAAACAUCUGCCAGAUUCCAGCCAAGCAGUUCAAAGAAUUUGGCACAAAGACAAAAUUCCUUUGACCUUGUUUCCCCAAUGAGCCUCCCCCUUUCUCCUACCUGCAGCAAGCACUCCGCAAUGCAACAGCAACCACAGCAGCAGCAGCAGCAGCAGCAGCAGUCCUCCAUGUAUCAGCUGCAGCAGCCGCAGCUCGGUGUCAUGAACCAGCUGAAGGAACAGCUGGAAGAGAGGACGCGCAUUCUGCAAGCUGACAUUAAGACACAACAGCAGGAGCUGCACGACAUUAAGGAGAAGCUUCAUCUUGCUAACCUACAGAUGUUGUUACAGCAGCCUGUCAACAAUGACUUUAGUCAGGCCCAGCAGCAGCAGCAGCAGCAGCAGCAGCCUCAGCAGCAACAGCAGGGCCCGGGAAGGCCUGCCCAGCAGAGUCAGUCUGGGGUCAUCAGACAGCUGUCGGGCCACCCUAAACCAGUCUGCGGGGCUCACAGUUCAUCCCCACACUCGCUCCUGAGAGAAAACAGCUCACCUUCAACGCAGGUCCAGCCGAGGGUUUCCCGGAGUGGGCAGGCUCAGUCAGUGAGUUUGCCAGUGCAGACAAACACGAGUCUGACGAUGCCCUUCUACAGCAACCCCAUGAUGUUCUCUCAGACCAACACGAGGCCUCAGCAAGAUGCAAACCAAAGACACCCAGACAACCAGUUCAGCCAAGAUGGACAACUACGAAUGCUUCUCAACCAACCAAUGCAGACUCUGGUUCCCACCAGCGUCUCCUCGCAGCCUUCCCAGUGCAACAUGGGCAUCUCCCCAUCGAUAUACACCUUGGAGCAGCAGAUCCUCGCCCCCUCAUUCCCCAUGCAACAGGUCAACUGCAAUGCCGUCCUCGUGCCCUCGCCGGUCUUCACGUCUCCGAUAAUGAUCCCACACAACAGCUUCAUCACGCACCAGUCCCAGUCAGCCUACCACUCGCAGCCUCAGGCCUCUCAGCACUCCCUGCAGCUCCAGCAGCCACAGCAGUUCUUUCAGAUGACUCAAGGACUCGUACACGGUGGAUCUACUCCAGCAUUCUUACACACCACUAAUGUGCCACAGCAAAGCACUGUGGGAUACAUUCAACAGCCAGUAGCGCAGCAGCAACAGGCGCCACAGCAACAGAGGCAAUACCAACAUUCCCAAAACCAGACUGGCAGCGUUUCAGAAUAUCGAAACAUGCUGACUCGGUAGCGCUGUGGAUUUGACCGGUGUGCUGAGAUCUGCCUCCGUGACGUGGCCGUGAAGGUGGAAGCACUUUGUGUCAUGUGGGAGUCAAACUCGAUGACAAGUUGGUUAAAAGUGGGGAAAACUGCUUGUUGUGAUCUUUAGAUGUGAAGCUGCCCUUUCCAGAUGAAGCCGGCCUUUUACGUCACUGGCGAGAAACCACAAGCAGAGAUUGCACUGACCCGACGUAGAACAUCGGGGACCCGAAGAAGUGUGAGGUGCUGGGCCUUCAUCUGCAGGCUGCGUCGCACUCAGUGGGUCCAUCAGUGAAACUGCUGGGACGAGUGGUUUAUCAAAGCUCUUAAAAAGAAACUUUUUACAUGUUUACAUGUGGAACAUUUUUGUCUAACAAAGUUUCCUUUAAGUGUCUGUUCACACUUAGGUACCACCUCCUACUCAAAAGUAGAGUAUUUAUUUUUGCCCAAUAGUUUAUUUCAUUAACUAAUGGUGAGAUUCUCAACACCCCUCCCCUGGCGACAUAACUCGCGUGAAAAUGAGAAAUCUCACAAUGGGAUUUGUGUGCAUGAGAACUCUACAUUUCAGUUGGCUCCCAUAUUGUCCCCAAAACAAGGUAUGUUCAUGGUAGGUCACAUGACAGGGGCUUAACGGUGAAACAUGCAGUGGUAAGAUGACCAUCAUAUCAAAAAUCAGGGUUGGUAAAUACUAAGAUGUCACACAUGCUACAGGAGCAAGCUCAGAGAGAUAUUCUCCAGUUUUUUAGUAAGGUCUAUCUAGAUUUUUAAAGCCUCAAUCUGGGACUGAAGAAGGGGUGCUGCAGCUAUUGCACCGCUUCCCCAACGCUUCCUCAAAAAAAACGACAACAGCAGAUAUUUGAAGUUACAAAUUUUCGGUGCUUUUGGUGAGCAGUGCGGGAUGAGUCCUCUUUUGAUAAACAACCUACCGAGUGAGGGGGGGGGCUUAAAUAAUGUGCCUUCAGCCGUGGUACAUCCAUGGCGCAGUUUGAUGGUUUUGUCUGAUUACGGCUUUAAAAAUCCAGCUCAGGUCUAUUUGGAAUACAAAGUUAUAUUUUCAUAAGGUUAUAAUUUAUUAUUUUGCUGCAUCAGAGUUAAAUACAAAAGCCUAGAUUUGUAUUGGAUAUAUGGCAAAUAUAUAUUGGAAGAUUAAGGUCCCCGGCUGUAAGGAUAGUGUCCCAUUCGCAAGAUGUCCAUUUCCUGAAACCCUAAUGAAAUCAUUUCAUUUUUAUUUAUUACAGUUAUAAUUGAAACACUACAUGGGAAUUUAAUUUUUUUUUUUUUUUAACACAAAAGUUUGAAUUGAGUUUUGUGUCUGUUUGUGCUUUAGACAUUGAAAGGUCAACACUGGUCCUUGUGUCUUGCCCUAUGACAGUUUCAUACAAACCGUUUUCAGUUCUUCAUUCAUCUGUAUGGGCCAGCUGUGGUUUUACAAUACAAAGUAAUGCAGUGUAAGUGUGAGUGUGAGUGUAAGCUUGGUGAUUUGAAUACAGGGUGGCAACGAUUUGGGAUUUUCACCAGAUGAUGACGGUCUCAGGAAGCGCACGGUCCAUGGUUAUUACACAAUUAUUAUUAUCAGUUACAUUAUAAACUUCAAUUUUCAAUGUAAAUAUUGGUAAAAAAGGAAAAAAUGAUUCACUUUUAAAAAUAAAUAUAAAAAACAUGCAGGUGAGAUUCUCUAGUCUGCUGUGACAAGGCCAUUGCCAUUAUUAACCAUCAGUUAUUACAUCGCGGUAUAACACGAGAACGCUGUACCUGCACAGCUCUGUUUAAAUAUCUUCGAAACAGUGAAAAUUAAUUUAAGACAUUUUCAUUCCUGUUUUUCUCUCUUUGAACAUCUGGGAAGGAAAACAAAGUACGUUCCAACCGUGACCACGUGACCUAAUUUAUUAGCAUCUGAAGAAUGCAGGUGUGGAAGUACAGCAGCCUCUAUUGCAUUAAAAAAAAAA